CUAUGAAUGAGCCGAGAUCCCCGUUACUACGAGCCCGAUCCUAUAAAAGCCCCGCGCGCUGCGGACAGCGCAGCACCGACACCGGCGCCGGCCCCGCCGGGAGCCGCGGGGCCCCUGCCCGGCCCGGCAGCCGCGGGAGCCCGCAGGAGACACCGACCCCCCCACGGCGGACGCCCCCCCGCCUUCCCGCUGCAGCCCAGGUAGGGGGGGACUCCCCGGCGGGGUGGACACGCGUGGGAGGGCAGGGGGCGGGGAGGGCGUGGGUGGAUGCUACCGAUGCUGCCGAUGCUACCGACAUUCCACCCCCAAGCACCGGCCCCCCCCGCCCCGCGCCGCCGGUGCGGUGGCGGAGCCGCCUCCUCGCCGUCUCCAAGGCACCGGCUGUCCCCCCCAACCCCUCUCGGUACCCCCCCCUCCGACGCCGCCCGGGCGACCGUGGCUUUAGAUUGUUACUGUGCCGCUGGGGGGGUAACAGUCUACAGCCAUGGUCGCCGGGACAGGCGGACUCGCAGCGCGGGCAGCACCGGCUCCCCCCACGCCCCCACCCGCGGGGGUCCCCGAGGCGGCGGAGGCGGGGCGGCGGGGGUCCCGUCGGGAGCGGCCCGCCUCCCGGGGCAGUAGGAGCUCACAUGCAGGAUGCAGCUCGCCGCACAUCAACUCUUACUGUUCGGGGGGGCGGGCGCCGAACGGCUCCUCCUCGGGCAGUGGGAACGGUGGGGGACCCCCCUCGUCUGAUCCCCCCAUCCUGCCCCCGCCCCGCAGCCCCUCACCUGCCCUCCCAGCGGGGCCGCUCGGGGGCCGCCCCCGCCGGGCUCAUCCCGCCGCAUCUGUGCUCUCGGCAGCCGCGGUCCCGUCCCACCCUCCCGCGCCCCCCGUCCCGCCGCCGAUGCACGGGAGGACCACGGGACGUUCGCGGAGCGGAGUGGGGCCGGCGCGGCGGGGACUGAGAGCGGCCCGCGGGGCCGGGGCGGGGGCGGCCGGGGGCGGUCGCAGGUUGCACAACCCGCCCGCCGCGGCCAGGAGAUUCCUGAGCGGCGAAGUCAGAGCGGCCCGGCCUGCCCCGACACCGGGCACCGGGCCCUCAGCAGCCGGCGGCGACCGGUGCCGGCCGGGCAGGGCCCCUCUCGGGGGGCACCGCGGACCCACAGCCUCGGAGACGGGGACGGAGGGGGCUGGACGGGGCGUAGUGACCAGAGAGAUCCCAGAGGGGAAGUGGGAUGCCUAAUCCCUUGGGUACCCCGGGGGUGGGGGGUCAGACACGGGUGGGUGACAGUGUCAGUGCCAAGAGGACAGGGAGAGCCCCCAAACAAGAACCUCUGGUCCUGGGAUGCAGCUCCAGCAAGGAGCUCCCGUGGGUGUCCCACCUAAACUGCAUAGGGGCCACAUAGGGUCCUCUGCCCACACUCCUUCUCUCCAGAGCAGCACCAUUAGGAUCCUUACCCACCCAUGGGGUCAUGCACUUCUACCCUCACCCAGACAGGCACAAGCCACCACAGGUCCCUGGGGCCAGCAGGGCCACGGUGCAGCAGGGGAGCCAUGGGCAAGAGAGUAUCUCAGGUACCAGGUACUCACUGUGCACUGCCCCAUCUCCUGCCUUUGACUCCUGCUUUUCCCAUUGCUGCUGCUGGUGACGGGCCAUGAACCUCACACCUCCAGGAAGGGGAUUUUCGGGCAGUCCCAUCAGCGCUCAGGUAAAGCCGCAGCUGCGUUUGGCACAUCCACACUGCAAAGGUGCCACCCUGCAUCCCCUGGGAAACACUUCCUUGUUUGUGCUCCAUCACAGUGAGAUUGUACCUGUGUCCCUUCCAGGAUACCCCUGGGGGAGGGGACAUGUCCCACAGGCAGCACUGCGGCCCCUUGGGCCCCAUGUUCCAGCCCGGGAAGGCCCUGGCUGUGCUGUUGUUGUUUUGAAGGCCAAGUCUCUCCUGCUGACACCCUGGAAUUAGUUUUUCUUCCAGAGUCCUUAAAAAUAUCCUGGAUUCCUGACACCAGGACUUGUCUUCCAACGGCGCUUCCAAGCCACUGGGCCUGGGGCCAGCUGUGAGCGCCGGGGGACAGAGGCCGUCCAGCUCCCGUGCUCCUCCGAGAUCACAGCGGUGCUGGGAAGGAAUAUGGUGCCAAGGAAGAUCGCAGCCCCUGCCACAGCUGAGUUGUUACUUGCCACUCCCAUGGUGGAAUGGUGCUCAGCAGGGCACAAACACUGCCUUGCCUCAGCAAUGCUCCCAGUGGCUUUGGUACACACUCCUGUGCAUGGCCGGGAGGGUGGGAAGGGUCUUUCUGGGACCUCCAGCAGCCAUGACCCUACAGAACCCCACAGCUGAGGACUGAGCUGUGGCGAGGGUCCCAAGGUACUGUCCCAGACAGGAUUUCCCUGUGCAUCCCCAGGAAAGCUCGUGGUCCCAGAAAACUUCUGGCUGAAGCCUGUGACCCACUCCUGGCUUUGCCAAGUGGCAUGCUGGCACAAUGGGAAUUUGGAGUGGUCGGGGGGGAGGCUGAGCCAGCGUGGCUGGUGGGGGGUGCAGGGAGAGAUGCUGCUGCCCCCCCAAAGGCCAGACAGCUGCCCACCGGCCGCACACACUGCUGUUGCCAGCUGACAGCUCUUGGCUAAACGGCCUUUUGUGAUUCAGCCGUGUUUAUCCCAGCCCUCGGCCCGGCCCAGCGUGGGUUUCCAUGGAAAACUUCCAUCCAAAACAAGGAGAGAAGGAGCUACAGCAGGAGUGACUCAGCCACAACUGGAAGCUUCUGCGGGUGAAGCAGGGAAGGGGGGGCUGUUCCCAACGGCUUGGUCCUGCUCUGGCAGCAGGGCCCGGGGCUGGCCCCUGGCUCUGUCCUGCCCGUGCUGCUACCUCCUUGCAGGCAGGAGCCAGGCAGCUUUGGGGGAAACUGCAUCGUAUGACAGUCUGCAAAACACAUCACUCUCCCAGAGCACCCCCUCCCCACGCCAGCGCCAGGCCCCGCUGGUGAAGACAGGGGAGGAAAAGCGUGAGAUGAGUAAGGCUCAAACCCUGCCACGAUCUGCAUGCCAGGCUUGGUGGGACAUCUUUUUCCAGUCCUGCCCAUAGGAGCCCUGCCCGUGCCUGGUGUGCCCCAUGUGGGUGCUGGCAGGGUGGGCAGCGAAGGAGACCCCGAGUUGGCAGUGACACAGGGGAAAGGGGUGCGGAGAGCUGGGGAAGAGGUGGUGGGAGUUUGUGGGGAGGUGGCAGCUCUGGCAGAGCCUCUGCUUGUGCUGGUCUUCUCCCACCCUCCCUGAGAUGCUGGGAGAGGGCUGGGAGCUCUGCUCACCUGGGAGAGGGGAGCAAAGCCCUUCCCUGCCCAGCCCCAGCACCCCGUGGCCAGGGCAGGCUCCUCACAAUCAGGGCCAUAGGCAGGGCCUAUCCCUGGGGUCACCCAGGUUACUCCGAUGUCUGUGUUGGGUUUGGAAAGGGUCUAUUUGGGGAGGAGAGGGAUGACAUUCCCCUGCCAAAACACCCAGGCUUCUGGUGCUUCUGGGUAACACCAGUGGCUGUCCUCAGGGCCCCCUUGUCCCAAGCCAGUGGCAUGGCUUGCUCCAUCACCCCCUCACUCAGCAACAGCAACUGCUCCAGACUGUUUUGGGGGAAAAAACGACUCUCCUGGGCGGGUGGGAGAAGAGGAAACCCUCCAACAGCAAAGCAAAUGAAGGGUGGGAAGACAUCAGUCAGUCUUGUCUCCAGGCAGCUGAGCAGUGUGGCUGCAUCCCAAGGACAGACUUGGAUCUGCAAGAGAGGCAGAGGCCAGCCCGAGGGCAUCUCGCCAGCGGAAAAGCAGGGAGAGGGAAGGAUUCCCAGGGCAAACCCCUCCGUCCGGCGGGGACAUGCAGUGACAGCCGCGGGAGCCGCUUCCCUUCUCCCAUCACACCGGGGCCGAGCAGGACCUCCCUCCGCUGCUCACACAGGCACCUCCCGCGGACAAGGGUCGCGUUUAUCUCUUUUUAUUAAUUUAUUUAAACCCGGUACAGGAGCCACCCGGCAGGAGCCAUCUUUAAGCAGACCCUGGGAAGAGAGAAGCAGGUACUGCAGCACCGCAGCUCAGGUCACCACCCCUCCCUCCCCAGCCCACCCCAGGGAGCCGCCCGCAGAGCCGGCACCGUGCUGCUCACUCACCGCACCCUGGGCUCCUUCCCCAUCCCGCUGCCAGCGAUGUGCCAAGUGCCUCCCUGUGCCCGGGAGCUGCCGGGGGUCGGCGGUGCGGGGCCGCAGUGCGGGCGGGCGGCCAUGGCUGCGGUGCCUCCCCCGCGCCGGGCGAUCACCGCGGGGCCGGUGAUUAAAGAGCUACGGGCAGGCUUGGCGAGCGCGGCUGCUGCCGUCCCUCCACGGCUGCCCAGGGCUCAGCGGGGCCGAGCAGAGACAAAAGCGCCGGUGCUUUGUCGCAGCUGGUCGCCGUGUUCGGCUGGAGCUGCUGCUGCUGCAGCUCUCCUCCAAAACACAGCUUCUCCGACGUGGUCAUCAAGGAGUGCAGACACCUCACACCUUAAAACGAGCUGUGACACAGCCCAGCUGAAGUGGCCAAGGCGGCCACCACUGCCCACCCUCCCUCCACCUAACACCCCCAGGACACCAGCCUGGGGCUGGGCUGCAGAGAAACUGCCUCCUCCUCCUGCCACCACCACCACUGUGCUGCUGUGUAACCAGCAACAAACCAAAGAGCAAAAACCCCCCAGGGCCGAGAACCGCUUGUUUCUGCUGCGUUGGUUUAACCCACGGCAGCUGCCAGGCCUGUUCCCAGCUGAGGGAACAUAGGAAGGGCUUCAGCCCCUGCCCCUCUGCCCGCUCCUGUCAUCCUCUGGCCCUUGCAGGGAUGACACUGCACUGCCCUUCUGCCCAGGCAGGGGGAAAAUGAAGACUUUACACUCGAUUUCUCUCUUUUACCAACUAUAAACCUCCAAGGAAAGCCUUGGUUAGAGAAGACCUCCAAGCACAGCCUUGUCCUGAGGCUGGUGCCCGAUCUGCCCCAGCACUGCACUGGGCAGCAGCCAAGCAGAGCACCUGCAACUGUAACAGCAAUAAAGGUUCUCAAGUGCUUCUGGAAAAAUUAUCAGA